UCGGUACGUUGGACAAAAAAAACGUCUGAAUUCUUAUGCUGCGCGUGUGUUAGACAAAGACAGGAAAUCACCGUCACCAAUCCCCUUAAAGGAGAGCCGCGUAAUAUUCACUGACCGUACCUCCCUACCCGCCCACCUAACAGUGUCCUGUAUAUCUUAGUCCAUGCUCAGAGGCGAUGAAAAACGAGCUUCACGAUGAUCAUUGCGCAUGCGCAAUUUUGCUUAUUUAAAAGUCGCGCGUGUGUGUGUGUGUAAUUCAUAUACCCAAGUAACAAUUCACGUUAAACGGUGCCUCUCCGACGUCAUCGGAAUAUUGCCGCCGGCUGAAAUAUGAGGGUUUGCUUACGUAAUAAUUAUUUCGUACAUUUCUUAUCGGUUUAUCACUAUUUUUGGUAAUAAACACGGAAUAAUAAUAUUAUACAAUAGUAAAAUAAAUAAUAAUUCAUAUUAUUAUUAAACUUCGUAAAGAAGAUUUUUUUUCAAAUAAAACCAUAAAUACGUCAACAAUAUUGUUAGCGAAAUGUGUGCUAUCGGUGAACAAAGAAUUAUACUUAUAGAGUAUUAUUUACUACAAAAUUUUAGGUGAGGCGCCUCCUCACUUGCCUCACCCUCGAAACCGCUACUGGCUGCAUAAUAUGUAAUAUCAUUAUUAAUUAUUUGAUAUUUAUUAAUGUCAUUAAUAUAAUAUAUAAUAGGUAUGUCACGCUAUCAGGAAAUAAUAAUUAUAUUGUAGAUACUUUAAUCUCUAAUAAUAUUGUAAUAAAUUAAACAUAUUUUAUAAAUAAUAAUCGAUAUGGCACGAAAUAUUUUAAUAAGUUAAAAAAAAAAAAUACACGAAAAAUAGUAUUCAAAAGUGUCCGUCUUAAGAAAUUCGAUUUGUUCCAAUGCCUCGGGCCUAAGGGGGGCUUAAUCCGACCCUGCCUCUACCACAGCGUUUCCCAACCUUUUUCCUUCGCGGCCAUACAUAAUAAAGGUAUGGAUAGGACAUAUCGGUCUUAUCAGCGGUAUUUACGGUUUUUUUUUUUUUUUUUUAGGGGUCCAGUUGAGGCCAAACAAGUGUACCUAUAUCGAGUAUCGAUUAUCAUUAUAAAAACGCCUCAAUUCCUUUCUCCUUCAGGAACGCACCACGCGGCCUCAAAUAUAUUUAACAUAGGCGUGGCUUAUCCAUAUGUUUAUUAUCCAUGUUCGCGGCACACUAAUCCUAAUCCAUAAUAAUUAGCCGUGGCACACUUGUCACUGACUUAUACUCCAUCUCUAAGUAGAAUACACCGGUUUCGCGCAUCGCGACUGACGGUCGCGGAAGCUCGUUGCCCGAUUUUCUCCCACUAUGCGGCGAAAUUGACAGCAGAUGCGCGGCACCAGACGAAAACCGGUCAGCCGCCUGGUGUAUUCUACUUUGAGACGGAGUGUAGGUAAUAUCAAUAUGUAUGCAUACCUUUUUUUUAUAGUAGGCUUUCAUCAUAUUAAUUAUUAAUACCAAAGAAGUUGUACAUCAGUAAACUAAUAGCAAACAAUUUAAAAUGGGGUAUUUAUUUAGAAUAAGAAAAAAAUAUUAUUAUUAUAUUUUAACCAAUAGGUAACCAAAACUGUAUGUAAACGUUUAUUAAUAAUAAUAAUAAUCGUGAAAUUUCGCGGCACACCCGUAAAGGUCUCACCCACAGAUAUAUAUAUACUAAACUAGAUAGCCGACUACUUUCAAUAAAUGAAGUCAGCCGCCAUGUAUAGGUUGGGCAAUGUUUACAAUAUGUUAUCAAUAUAAUGGUAUAUGAUAAACUGAUAGUAACUACACUACAGGAGCACACCAUAAUGUGAAUCAAUCAAAAAAGUAUAUAAGUAUAAAAAUAUUCUAAUAUAUAAUAUUAUAUAAAACUCAAGUUCUCUAAAAAAAACACGACACGACGACUGAAUGGAUUAACAAAACGUUAAAGAUUAAAAUAUUUGAAGUUUGGCAGCAUUUUGUCUAUUUUAUUUAUUAGUGUUAUCAUGAAGAAUGAUAACAUAAAUUUGUAAGCAUUAUUUGCCCAAACUGCAUAUGGCGGCAGGAUUCAUAUUUGGUUGCAUACUGCAUAGCCAAGUCACAGGUAUAUAAAAAUACAUAAUAAUAUAUAUUUUUAUAUAUCUGUGAGCCAAGUACAUAGUCGGCUAUCUAGUUUAGUAUAUAUUAUAUCUGUGGUCUCACCUGAUCUGCUGGUCGGACAAUACUGACGACGGCUAGCAAAUCACAAACGGCAUUGGUUGGUUUGUUUCCAUUGCUCAACAAGGAUUGUGUCUUAUCAUUUUCAAUUCAAUAAUCAAUAGUAAGUUGUUUACUGACAAAUGUUCACGUCGUAGUGUGUUCGCUCCGUCUCUACAGUCGGUUAUCGCCGUGUACUCUUAACUCGAUAUUUUUUUUUUGACUCAGGCACGUCUUUAACAAUUUGAAAUGUUUAAAUGCGGGUUGUGCUCGUACAGGAGUGACUUCAAACGCAAUUUAAGAAGACACACAGAUAUGCACUUAGGCAUACGCUAUUCGUGCGCUUUGUGUUCUACGACGUUUACUUUCCUGUCUAGUGUGUUACGACAUAUAAAAAAUAUUCAUCGCAUUGUUGCAAAUCACAGUCAUUACAAGAGGCAUGGCCCUGAUACAAUACAAGGCAAUGAUGCAAAGCGCAGACCUUAUAAUCGCAAAUUUGUUGCUCAAGACAAUGUUCUCCAUGAAACAGUCCGUCAUCCAUGCGACUUGUGUCCUUUAUCAUACAGUAAUCGGGGUAAUUUGUCACGGCAUAUAAAAAAAAAACAUGGCAUUGAUGAAUAUCGGAAACAUUCCAAGAUGCAAGGCGUUGCUCAAGAUGUUCCUAACAUCAAAUCUGAAUUGUAUGUCAUUGAUAUUUCUUCGGAUGAUGAAACUUGUAUGAAGCCUUUGAAUGAAUUAGAAAACCAAACCAAGGAUGAUAUAAUGCAAGAUGCGUGUACUACUAGUUUGACUGCAGUUAAAGUUGAAAAAACUCCUAUUGAUAACAGUGUUGGUAUUAAAACCACAAGCUUUAAUUUACAUUCAUGCAAUCCAUUGGGUAUGGUACAUCAAAAUGAAUAUUUACACAAAGGUGUGUUAAAUUAUAGUAACGAAAAUCAGUCUUUUUCUACUCCUAAAAAAAGAUGUAUUCUGAGAAAACUUUAUGAAGAAUAUGGAAAGACUGGAGAAUCUCUAGAUAAAAGGCUGGCCUGGGCAUCACACGCAGGUUCACUUUCUCUAAAGCUUAAUUUAGAAUUGAGAGUAAUAGGAAUGUUAAUGUUGGACUAUCACACUGAUAAUGGAACUCCUGUAGAUGAGGAUCUAAUACAGAUGUUGCUCCAAGACUCACAUUUUUGUGUGGAAAAUGUCCAUUGUUAUUCUUCACAAUACUACAUAUUCACGCAGUUAGUAUAUGGACUCAAGAAAAUAUAUGAAACCGGUUCUGAACAUCUUCAAAAUCACCGAAAAUCAAACUGGAUGAAAAAUACAAUCACCGUACUUAAAUAUUUAGAAUUCACUGAUGAUACAGCUGAUUUUAUGAUAGAAAGAAUGGAAAAAUUUAUUUAAUAUUAUUGUGAACAUGUGGUAAAUAUUUAUAUUUAUAAUAAUACAAUUCUUAUUAUAACUACAACUACUAUAUAAACUGAACCACAAAAAAAAAAGAUAAAUAUAUAUUAUAUAUACAUAUAUAUAAAUCAUGGUCAUGGUGGAUGUACUAAAUUUGAAUUUAGCUGAAUCAUUACCUACCAAAUAUCUGUGCACAUCUCUUAGUAUAUUUUAUUUUAUAAAUUAUAUUUUUACUUAAGUAAUUAAUUUUCCUAUUAGUGCAACAUAAAUCUAAAUAUUUUAAAAUGUCAUUGCAUAAAAACGUUUUUAUCUUUUAUAUCAUCACUAGUAAUAGUUCAAUCAAAAGGUUUAAAAAAGAUUAAGUGAUCAUGUAUUCCUAGUUUGUACCAAUCUGGCGAACAUUAAAGAUUGUGGGUUCAAUGUAAUUGAUGAAAAUGUUUUAGUAAAUUUGAAUUCAACGAUAUAUUGUUAUAAGUAUUCUGAAGAAAGAUGGUUAAUCAGCCUAGGAUAUUGUAUAUUAAAUUAUUUACAAUAUAUCACUCUUAAGAAUUGUAGCAAAGGUAGGUUAAAAUUAUUUAUAUAAACUUAUAAUUAAAUACCCGUCCAAACAGUCGUAGACCUCAAUGUGACCGUCCUUGUGACAUCUUAAAUCCAUAAUAACUACUAUGUAUAUCAUGUAUAUAUUUAAUUGUAUUAUAUUGUUUAACUGUUAAUUGUUUCGUAAUGUAAAAAUUGUUAUUCUUCAAUUAAUUUUAAAUCCAUAGUCCUAACUACUUGUACCAUAUUGUGAUCCAAUUUACAAUAUAUCAAAAAAUUUAAUUCUUUACACCUAAGUUUAGAUGAUGAAUGUCAGGAAAACUUUAUUGUAAUAAAAAAAUUAAAUAAAACAAACAUAUAAUGUAUAUUUACAUAUUGUAUGAAAUACAUAAGUAGUAAACUACAUCUCCAUGUAUGUGUAUAUGACUGAUGUGUAUAUAUUAUAGUCUAUAGAUCUAUUAUAAUGACUGGAAGUCAAUAUUGUUUUAUUCAACCAUUAAAAUACAGUAUGUUCCAAAAUCUUUUUUAAUUUUUUGAAAUAGUUAAUUGGUUUAUUUUCACUCAAUUAAAAAUUGUUGAUAGCCAAUGGUGACAAGUAUGUAAAUUUUCAACUUGUCUGUUAUAAUGUUCUCUUUAUUUUUGAUGUAGUUUAGACAAAUUAUUUACAACUUAAUUAGUUUUUUUUUUACAGCCUUAUUAAAAAAUAUACUUUAUUUUGUAAAUAGCUAAAAGAAAUAGAAUCUA